AUGACUACUGUCCUUCGGUGGAUGAAGGACAAACACACUGUGUCCACUUACACCCCGGAGUAUGACCCAGCCUCAGGAAGGAAGAACGUCCUCCCACCUGCCACCGCGUGGAGGGACCCGGAGGCCACUGUGCGCAGUGACAGGAGCCGGACACAGAAGGACACGUCCCGCCCUGCUGAGCUCAUUGGCCCAGGCCGCGGCCUCCAGGCACCUGUUGCUGUCUGUCUGGGGGCCACCCUCCCCGUGCUCCAUCUGUCCAGCGGGCUCACUGUGGCGGCUGUGCACAGUCAGGCCCACAGCAGGGCCUCAGCAAGUGCAAGACGCCUUUUCUGCAGCCCUCCUCCCGCCCAACUCCGGAUCCCAGGCUUCUCAGACGUCUCCAUGACAACCAGGGCCUUGCAGGAGCUGGAUGGAGGCCUGGGCAGCUGCCAAGCAGGCCAGGACCUCUCCACGCUGGCUGACCCCUGCCCUGACCAGCCCCUGGAGGACAGAGCUCGAGCAACACCGAGGCUGGCCGACUCUAGCAGCUGGUCCCAUGAUUCUCAAGAGCCGGCAGCAGAGGGCAGCCCCACAGGCAAUGUGGAUGCCAGGCCCAAGAAGACGGAAAAAGAGCCUGUGACCAAAGUGGCCCUAGGAGCUGGGAAAGAGAGGCUGAAAGCUGGAGCAACUCCCCGGAGCCCCGCCCGCAAGAAGGCGCAGGCCGCCCCUCCCCCGCAGCGGCCACCGCCGCCCCCGACCCCGGCCCCGGCCCUGAGCGAGGAGCUGCCCUGGGGAGACCUGUCACUCAACAAGUGCCUGGUGCUCGCCUCACUCCUGGCGAUGCUGGGUUCGGCCUUCCAGCUGUGCCGCGAUGCUGUGGCGGGGGAGGCAGGCACCCCUGCACCUGUCCCCGAGCCGUGGGUACCGCCCAGGUCGGCACCGGAGCCAGCCUCGCCCCGGCCCCCGCCCCCGCCGAAGCCCGAGGCCUGGGUCCCCCCAUCGGGACCGCCCGCGCCCCAGGUGGAGGCGGAGGAGAAGGCCGAGGUUCCUGGGAGCCGGGAGGCUGCAGACAAGGCUGCUGGGGAAGAGCGCGCGCCCAAGGAGACGCCUCGGAAGGAGGAGAGGCCUCGGAGGGAGAGGCCGCCGAAGGAGCAGAGGCCGCCGAAGGAGAGGCCGCGGAGGGAGGAGAGGGCUCGGAAGCAGGAGAAGCCACGGGCCGCCAGGGAGCCCCGAGGGGCCCUACCGCGGCGCUGGGAGGCAGGCGAAGGGGGCCGUCGGCCUUGGACGCAGGACUCCGGAGACCCCGGGCGCAGGAAGAGGCAGGCCUGGGGCUCCCCGCGGCGCCCGGACGAGGACCGGCCUCCGGGCCGCCAGAAGCAGCGGGCUGGCAAGGGGCGGGACUGAGCCAGGCCUCGGUACUGUGACACACAGUCCCGGGACCCCCGCUCGGUGGCCCCCGCGGUUCAGUGAAAUAAAUUGAGUGCUGCAGCCCC